AUGAUGUUCAGUGCAGAAACAAACCCAGAAGACUUCCCUGAUGGUGGCCGAGAUGCCUACUUGACGCUUUUCGGAGCAUUCAUGGGCUUGGUGAUUGACUUUGGUAUUGCCAACUCGUUGGGUGCCAUUGAAUCGUAUGUGUCGUCUCACCAGUUGCUGAACGUUAAAGAUACCAGUGUUUCGUGGGUGUUCACGAUUCACUUGGGAGUGAUGUACUUGGGCGGAGUGGUCUUUGGUGAGUGCUUCGACAAGUUUGGCGCCAGAAAGUUGCUUAUUGCCUCCACCGUUUUCAUGGCUGGAGGUCUCUUUUGUACGGCAGAGAGCACCAAAUUGAGUCACUUUAUAUUGAGUUUUGGCAUCACCACUGCCAUUGGCACAUCUUUGGGAAUGGUGCCAUUGAUAGGGGUGUUGUCACAUUGGUUUUUGAGGAAAAGAGCGUUUGCCUGUUCGGUUGCAACUAUUGGAGGUCUUGUAGGCAGCUCGGUAUUUGCGGUUAUGCUUCAGAAAUUGUACAAAGAGGUUGGAUUUAAAUGGGCCAUCCGGGUGAUGGGGUUCAUGUGCAUUGGGUGUAUGGGUAUUGCUAUUGCGCUCAUCAAAGAAAGAAAGCCCAAGAAAGAGUUACUGGAUGCUAUUGACGAUAUACUUGAUGUCCAACCCAAAAAUAAAAGUACCUUGGUGACAGUGGCUCACUUCUUCCGAGAGGCAUUGGACUUGAGCAUAGUCAAGGAUGCACGGUUUGUGUGUUUGAACUUGGCGGUCUUUUUCGCCGAGAUCAUCUCGAUAUCGUCCUUGACAUACUUAACCUCGUACGGGUUGGAUCACCUGAUCAGUGAGUCCAACUCGUACCUACUCAUCACGUUGGUCAAUGUGUGUGGGAUCCCAUCCCGGCUUCUUAGUGGGGUACUAGCUGAUAUGUACGGUCGGUUCAAUGUGAUGAUAGUUAUGUCGAUUUUGACUACUGUGGUGAUCUUCGGUGUGUGGUUACCAGCCGAAGGGCAUUUGCCAAUCCUUUUCACAUUCGCCGUGCUUUUUGGGGUAAGCACUUCGGCAACCAUCUCCUUAAUUCCUGCUUGUACGUCACAGAUUUGCAGUGCUGAACGUUUUGGUAAAGUUUACGGCACAUUGUACUUUUUUUUGGCGUUCCUAACGAUCAUCGGCAUGUAUUUAACUUCGGUGGUUUUGGGAAAUAGAACCUUGGUAGACUAUAGGAAUUUUGUGCUUUAUGAGGGUGGUUAUGCGGUAGCUGCGGUAGUGUUUUGGGUGGCAGCCCGGUACUUUUCGGUGGGGUUCCGGUGGUGUAAGUUUUAAGGGUAAUGGCUGCAACUGGUACAUGUUUGAGCAUAUAUUUGAUUGAGACUCACGAGCCCAAGGGGGAUGGAACUCAAAUUGAGCCGAAGGAGUUGGAAUUCACGUCGAUCCCAAGGAGGGUUGGUGCAUACACUGACAUGAAGGGUGGUAUGAGUGAUACAAACCGUUCAUUGUCCUUGGCUAAAGUGGUUUUGAUUUAUCCGCCAACUUAAAGUUCGAUGAGAGGCCACGAGCGAGGGGCUUUUUUAGAGAUGCGUCUCAGCCUGAAAAGGGAAGUGGAAAAGUGCGACAGCACCUUGAAGGUUAUCUGAAGAUUCUUACAACCACCCUAUUGUAACCAGGUAAAAAGUAUUUAAACACUUGUAGUGCUGCAAAUUCUGUUAUAAUUCUCCAUUAAGCAUUAUGGAUUCGGUAACAGAAUUAUUGAAACGGGAAACCUGUGCUACAGACAGUGACUACAAUGGUGAGUACAUGGGUGCCAGAAUCUCGGCAGUUUUUGUUAUUUUGGUAACUUCCACCCUAGGGGCAUUGAUUCCAGUGAUUUCCACCAAGACAUCCGUAUCCUUCUUGAAAAUGCCCUCGUGGCUUUUCUUCGGGGCCAAGUAUUUUGGUACCGGGGUCAUUGUGGCUACUGCUUUUAUUCACCUUCUUCAACCUGCCAAUGAAAACUUAUCUAACGACUGCCUCAGUGCCACUUUCCGAGUAUAUCCUUGGGCUUUUGGGAUCGCCUUGUUGUCCUUGUUCUCGUUAUUCUUCUUUGAGUUGUUGGCAUUCAACUAUAUCAACAAAAAACUCGAAAGUACUAAUGGGGUACCACACAGCCAUUCUCACUUCGGAGAACUUGGAAAGAAAGAGAGCGAUAUUGAAGACGAGGAGGAAGAACACGAAAACAGCACCCCUGUUGUGUCCGCUUCCAAGGGUCUCUACCCAGAUCACUUUUCCCAUGCUGCCGAACACCAAGACCCUGAGAACUUGGACACUCCCUUGCAACAAAUGGACAAAGAACAAUACUACGGUCAAUUGGUCAGUACCAUUGUGUUGGAAUUCGGGAUUGUGUUCCACUCGGUUUUCGUGGGGUUGACGUUGGCGGUUUCUGGUGAUGAGUUCAAGACUCUUUACGUGGUGAUUGUGUUUCAUCAAACCUUUGAAGGGUUGGGAUUGGGAACUCGUAUAGCCGGUACCAGGUGGCCCAAAGGUAAAGAAUACUUGCCGUACUUGUUUAUAAUUGCCUAUGGUUUAACCACACCUAUCGCCAUAGCAAUUGGACUUGGUGUCAGGCAAUCAUAUGCCCCCAAUUCCCAAACCGCACUUAUUGUCAAUGGAGUGUUCGACUCGGUUUCUGCUGGUAUUCUUAUAUACACCGGUAUUGUUGAGUUGAUGGCUCACGAGUUUUUGUACUCGGAUCAGUUCAAAGGACCUGGAAGCUUCAAGCGCAUGGUUGCUGCUUAUAUUGUCGUUGUGUUCGGAGCUGGACUUAUGGCAUUGUUAGGGAGAUGGGCUUAGAUGCCUUUAAUAGAAUAAAAUAUAUACCAAAAGUUUCGAUAAUAA